AAUCGUAGUAUGUAACUCGGUGUGUGAAAAUGACGGCAACGGUCAAAACAGUGAUAAGUGAUAAGUUCUAUGACUUCUAGACCUAGAAAACCCAAACUGAAUAAACAGAAUACAAACGCGAAAAAUACCUGCGAGUGACAGUGCGUACCAGCAAAUAAAUCAAUCUUGGCCAAAGUGUACACAGCUCAAAUAGGACAGGACAGACAAGUCUUCCACAAUGCCCAUUCUGCCGACUAUCGAGGAGGAGGGCAAACUGUCGUGGCUGCGAAAGCUGUGGCGCUACCGCCUGCAGUUUCAGUCCCUGACCGCGGCUGCGCUGGUGUUCGUGGGCAGCGGCAUGCGACUCGCCUGGUCCAUAUUCGAUACGCCCGCGGGCAAGUUCCUCAACAGCUACAGCACCCACAAUCUGAUGAUGAGCUGGUUCAUUGGGGCCGCUUUCGGUGCGCUGCUGGCGGCGCUGUUUGUGCAGCGCGUUACCAAAAACGUGGCCUACACCUCCAGCGGAUUCCUGCUGCUUGUGGCUGGCAUACUGAAUCUGCUCCUGCCGCGCCACUUCAUCCCCGCCUGCUACAGCAGCGUCAGCGUGGGCGCCGCGUACGGCCUGACCCAGGUGCAGGCCCUGGUCACGGGCUCGGAGAUGGCCAACAAGUCCAUACGCGGCAUGCUGCUCAGCUGCGAGCGCAUCUUCCUGUGGCUGGGCGUCUGCGUGCAGGUGUUCUACACGCGCCUCUGGUACACCCUGGAGCCCGUGGAGAGGGGCUACACGAUGCACAUUGAUCAGCUGCACGGCAUCCUGCUGGCCGCCUUGGGCGUGGCGGCGGUCAUACUGUCCCUGUCAUAUCGGCUGGAGUCGCCGCUGUUGCUGUUGCGCCAGGAGCGGGACAUGGCGGUCAGCGACACGCUCAAGCAGCUCAACGGCCAUGCGCAGUCCGGCACGGAGCUCAUGCGCCUGCGCGAGGACUGCCACCAGCUGCACAACUCCAGCGACUGGGAGCGAUUCACGGAUGGCUCGCUCGACUCCGGCUGGCAGCGUUGGUCGCGCCGUCUGCUGCCGCUACUCAAGGUGCUCUUCCUGCGCUGCUUCGCGGCACUGGCGCUCUCGUUGCCCUACAACCGCGCCUUCCUGGUGGUCAGCUGGCACGGACUCGAGUGCGACAUGAACUGCCUGUACUGGCUGGCCUUCUGUGGCCUGCUGGGCAGCCUGGGCGGCGCUUUGCUGGUGGAUUGGCAGGGGCGCCGCAAGCUGUGCUCGCUGUCGCUCUUUGUGGCGGGCAUUGUCAUCGUCAUCGUGGGCGGCGUCUUCGAGCAUCUGGAGGCCGUCAAGAAGACCUACUACGACAUCAACCUGCAAGCGAUUGCCCUGCUCAUGCUGCUCUUCGAGCUAAUUGUAGCUGCAGGCGUAGCCGUGCCCGCCCUGGUCUACACGGGCGAGGCCUUCAGCGUGGCGCACAAGGCAAGGUGCUUGGCCGGCGUCCUCAUCGUGGAGCAGGCCCUGCACCUGGGCCUCAUGGCGGCUGCUUUCGAGCACAGCUUGCGGGACUCGGUAUUCUUCUUCACCUUUGGUGGCCUGAGCUUCGUCUUCGGGCUGCUGGUCUUCAUGCUGAUGCCCGAGACUCGCCAGCUGACGCUGUACGAGUGCCUGUUGAAGUUUAAGAAACUUCCCUAGACUUUACUUUAAAAUCGAUUAUCUAUCUCUACUUAUGUAUCCUUAGUCAUAUGCAUUCAUCUCUCUAAUUAGUAAUAAUACAUAAAAUAAAUAAUUCUUUUUGGCCAGCUA